GCGUUGUCUCUGCAGGCAAUUAACGUUGGGCCCCCUUCACAGGAUACCGCAUGCCAGGGCAACACGGCGCGAAUCCAACACGAACUCUACUAUGUAUGUCUCGCCCGCCGCAUGUCUCUGCCAGACCGCGAAUCCCUUCCCGGAAGGGCCACGGGCCCACGAGAAGAAGGGGUCCGCUCGCCCCAAGCAAGCCUAUUUACCCAUGGGCCUCCACCAACACUGCACUUUGCAUUCGUCCAGUAUCACAUCGUUCCUUGGUAUCGAGCCGGGAUGGAAAAAGUGGUUUGAUGAUUCUUAAGCGGACUGACUCUUCCAACUCCGCCCUCCCUCCACUGCCAACCGGCCUAGCUGCCGAUCCCUGCUGUGCUUUAUUCCCCCGUCUGCCAGGCUACCCCACAAAGCAAUCCUCGACGACAUCGGGGGAACCAGGCUCGCGGCCGGGGCGAACGGGGCGCUGGAGGGCGGUGCUGCGCCGGGAGUGGACAGCCCUGGCUCUGUGGGGGACGCGGCAUUGAUCAAUUUGGCAGUUGCUUUUGCGCACAAGAAAAGGGCCGAUGGUCCAGGGCCAAAAGGCCAGGGUCGUGGUGCGCCAGUGCAAGAGCCGGGCGUGUGGAGGAGCUGCGCGAUGAUGUGAAAGCAGCACGACCUUGGGCUGAUGGACCGGACGAUGGACCAGGUGAUGUCGACGAGCGUGCUGCUUUCGAGGUUUUUUCGGCUUUAUUCGUCUUUUAGUCAACCGAUUGCUCACCAUUGCAUGAUCGUGUUUGUACUUUGUUAUUG